CUGAGAACAUGGACGUAAAGGGCAGUUAUGAAGUAUCCGGAGGUGCUACAGGAAGAAAGCUAUCCCCUCGGAUCAUCUACUUUCUUCUGGGCUUUUCUGUCCUGAUGUCCUUUGUGAUUCUUGGCACUGUGAUUCACCUGAUUACAGAAAAUUCCAUGAAGGCAAGAGCUUCCUUCGAUAACUUUCAGGUUGAACUUGCAGAGCUGGCUAAGAAUCUAUCACAUGGACGACCAUUCAACCAAUGGAGACGCUUCAAUAAUAAGCUGUACUACUUCUCAUCAAAUAGACACAGCUGGAAUGAAUCCCUGAAGUUCUGUGACUCAAUGAAGUCCUUGCUUGUGGUCAUUAACAAUAAAGCCGAGCAGGAAUUUUUACAGCGGAAUAUAAAAUGUGGCCAUUGGAUUGGACUCCAUGACACUCAGACAGAAGGGGUGUGGCACUGGGUGGAUGGCACAGAUUACGCUACCAAUUUCAAGAGCUGGGCACCUGGUCAACCCAAUAAUAUGGGCAUGAGGGGUCAAGAUUGUGCUCUCAUCGUUGGAACUGGAGGGUGGUACGAAUGGCAUUGCAAUUAUUGGCAUUAUCCCAUCUGUGAAAAACCAGAAGAUUGACACAGCACUCCAGCUUACAGUUGCAGCAGAGUGGGAAGUGAAUCUCUUUUGUUUGUUCCCUGCACAUGCAUUGGCAAGUAGCCCUGAGCUGGGGAUUUUUGGGGCUGGUCUAUGGCCAAAGCCCUUUCUCACUCCCUGCCUCUCCCCUGACUAAACUCGCAUGUAGAUUUACUGCUUUAUCCUAACUCAGUAAUGUAAAGACCCAUAUGGGAGAAUAUUCACAUUGUCCUUCACAGUAGGGACCUAAAUGCAAUUUUCUAGAAUGUUCCAAAGUGCCAGUGCAGUAUAUAUUCUCUAGUGCCGUUUGCUCUGUCACAUCACUCCAGCUCUGACCCAGUGGAUCCAAACACCCUGGGUGUUUCAAACCCGCAGUGCCUUUUGGAAGCCAUACUAUGUGUCAACUCUGGUGCUACCAGAAUUAAUUCAAUCAUUGUCUCCACCCUGGCAGAAAACCUGGAGGCAAAGAGUCUUUUUGACACAACUAGUACUGAUCUAGAUAAACUGGUUGAGAGAACAGUAAAAGUAAUUUAAGAAAACGCAUGCAAAACAAUCUUGCAGAAAUGCCUGCAGUGAACAAAACAGCAGAGAGGGAAGAAGGGGUAGCAUUAAACAGGAAGUUUCAUCGAUGCAAACACGAGGAAAUCUGCAGAUGCUGGAAUUUCAAGCAACACACAUAAAAGUUGCUGGCGAAUGCAGCAGGCCAGGCAGCAUCUAUGAGCUGACAGAGGCAGAAAGAGCCAGACAACCUCCUUGGAACUGCUUAAUUAUCAGGCUCUUUCACAACUGUCCUGAGACACAGAGCUUAUUGCCCAUCUCCACCUUUGCUCUUGCUCCAUCCCUUUCUCAGUCACAUCCUCAUUUCUCCAUCCCAUUUACUCCGUGUGCACUUGCGGAAAACACUGAAGGCACACAGGAAGAUAAUUUCCUUUACCACAAAUGCCUGUCACUUAUACUUCCUGCUGCACAACUGAAUAUCGCGAGGCAAAUACAACUAACACAUGAUAUUGUGGAAGUUGCAGUAAGGCAAGGGUUAAAAAUAACAUCCAGGUGAGA